AUGGACAAUCCGUGGGAGGUUCGCACGAUACAGAUUAACGUGGGUGGUGGAGACUCAGCCUUCCAUCUCUUGUUGAAAACUGAAAACGACAAACAGCACGUCGAGUCUUUGGUGCUGGCGGAUGGAGGCACGGGUGACAAUUGUGUUAGUAUAUCGAAUCUCUUCACCAGAUUGCAGAACACAGGCCACACUCGAGCAAACAAUGCAGCCCUCGAAGGCUUUGAUGUCUAUUUCAUCACGCAUUGGGAUUCAGACCACUAUGGAGGGGUAUACCGCCUUCUAUACAAUGGGGUUUGGCGGUCUGUAGACUCCUGGAAAGACAAACAUCCUAAAGGGACCGGGGCAGAUUUUGCGCAGGCCAUUGCCAGCGGAGACAUUCGAUGUCCCAGCACUCGAUAUGAACCACAUAAACAUGGACAAAAGGAACCUCGUCCUAUCACACGGUUUUACGGGCCUAAUUCUUCGUACGAGAAGUUUGAUAUCCGUGAAGAGGCUUCCAAAGGAAAGUAUGCUUGGUUAGUCGGAAUCGAGGACGUGGUCUAUUUUGCAAUUGAAACCAAGUUGGGAUCGAAAGUGCUGAGUGGUCAUGUUCCGCUUGCUCUAGUGGGGGAUCACGGAGCAGGUCUUCUCGGCAUCGACCUGUUCUCUGGACACCGACCUCCCUGCCAAGGAGGCUCGUUAAGCCAGAAGAAUGGCAUGACUUCCCCGAGGGAGAUAUCUCAGAUACUGUGGAAGCAUUUCGACCAGCAACGGCCUGCAAUGAUCUGCAUCGGAGCAUACAAUCAAUUCUGCGACCCCAGCCAUGAAGCAGAUCGCUUCAGCAUGGACUGGUAUCAUCAAUCCGAGCUGCGGAAGAUCGCAUUGUUUUCUAAAGCCCCUACGGAUUGGGAUAUAAUUCCGUUUGUGGAAUCAUUGUAUCACCCAAUAACACCCAAUGUAAUCAUGAACGACACGACCCAGGUCAACGAGGACUCGAUAGCUUGCAUGGUCAUUUGGCCCGACCCAAACCAAGCACUCAUAUCCCAUUUUGUGGGAGGGGAUUUGGGAUAUAACCAGGAAGAACGCAUUCUCCGAUGGGCUGCCGUCCCGGACAACGAGAAUGAUCCGCUCUCGCGUCGUCUGUGCCCCCAUGUUCAAUACGUCAAGCUGUCACAUCACGGCUCCAAAGCGUCGACUCCUCUUCUCAUGUUGUUCGCGUGGAACCCGCGGACCGUCACCUGUUCGAACGGGACCAAUCUGAAACACAACAUCAUAAGCUGGGAGACCAUGCUAUACAUCUGCAUGUGGAGUCAGUGGCGGGUUAACACGCUCAAGGAUCCAGAAUCCAAGCGAUUCUACUGCACCAAUGUCCCGGGUUGGCUCUGUAGGCACCUCAAAAAUGUCGAAUUGAAGGGUCAACAGAUGGCGAUCUAUGAGUAUCCUUUGGAUGUAGGCAACACGACGACAGCCUUGAUGGAAGAAAAAGGAGCCCCUUUUCGUGCCCUGUCCUCGGUCCUUGACAACUUGAAUCCUGGGAAACUUACGAUACAGCUUCACCAGGCUACGAGCCAGCAAGUUGCGAAUAUCACUUGUGCUGAUAUCUGUCAAUUCGUCUAUGGUGAGUGGGACCAUUUCGUCUCGACUCCGAUAAAAUAUUUCGGCCUCAACAUCCAAACUUUCCCAUCUUUCAACAUCGGACCGCAAGCUCUGAAGUUGAUCUUCUUUCAAGCCAAUAAGACAAAGUUGACAUCUUGUUAUUUCUUGGGCAAUGAAAUAAACCAAUGGACGCCCAACUGCCAGUCAUGUCGCGACUCGGAGCGGCCUGAUGAAUGGCAGCAUGAGUCUUCUCUUCCAGUCAACACCGACAGGCAGCUGGUGUUUUCACAGCCCGCUGUCAAUGACAAAACUACCACCUCCGUGCUUUCCUUGCAUCGACGAAUGAGGCCAACCGGUGGCUACUCAUCUUUGAACGCAGUGUCGGUCAUGAUGAUGGAUGACGACUACCAGCUCAGUGACAGUCUUUCGUCGAUCAAAAUCGAGGAAGAAAAGGAUCGGAAUCAGUUGGAGCGUCGUUGUGGACGGCGGUCCCUAAUAUAUCAGGAAGAUUCUCCAUUCUACUUUAUGUCCACUGCAGCAUCAUUCACGAAGAAGGGCGACGCCAGCCAACUUCCCUUUCAGCAGCCGAGAAAAUUCAGCAACCUGGACUUGUUCUUGGGCAGGAUGGCCACGGGAUCACUGGUCCUGAUCUCAAAGCCGGAAGACUCGAAGCCGAGUAUCGUGCACGAAUCCGACGAGCUGCGUCAGUGGUUUGCAACGAUCCUUGAAGGAUCACCAACGGCGGAUCUCGGUUUCACGGUGACGUUCAAAGACGCCCUGAUACAGUGUGUCCAACUCACCACGAAACUGACUUCAUGCUGGACACCUGUCCCGGACGCAUCUUUUAUCUUCAACACAGCCGACAAUCGGAAUGCCUUCUCCCCACCUAUAUCGUACUCAAGUUGGCCAGUAGUGGACCCCACAUCGCCCGACAUAGUCGGAAAUGCACAGGUCCUCUGCCUGACCGUGAACCCAUCGUCUUCGGCAUACAAGUUCACAUUCGACGGGACUCAUAUCCUCAGCCUCCUCGCUCACGAGCCCGUUCUAUUCAGCAAAUUGUUGGCCGGUGUGGCCAAGUUCCAGCUGGAUACUUCGCCGGGCGCCAAAAAUGCCCUCUGGUUCUCCCCGGGUUAUACGUCGACUGCCACAGUGCGGCUUCGCUUUGUGCCGACUGACGGGACCAAGAACCUCGCUGAUAACCUGAGAGAGAUUCUGCAAACUUGGGCCUCAGAUCCAAAGGUGACUAUCACUCCAUCCGACGCUUAUCUUGUGGUCAAAAAGGUGUGGCCCAAAGCCGAGGAGCCAACUCCCCCGUGGACGGAAUUCAUCUCUCACUGCAAGCUGGACAUCAAGACUGAUGGCGGGGUGUUUUCAGUCGACACAGCAGUCAAUUUCCGGACGGACGCCACUACUUGGAUACUCUUCUUCAACCCAAAUCCAGAACAAGACUUUUUCAGUGUCGUAGCGUCCAUCGCCCAACUCUUUGGGCUUGAGAGUUCAAUCGCCGACCAGAUCAGGAACAUCAAAGGAAAGAUCCCGUCCUUGACAAGCAUCAUGAUUCGGCGCAUUGCGUUUACCAAGUACCUCGAGGGAUGGAGCCUCCAGAUAAGCAUUCAGCUUGUACUGGGCCAGAUGCCUUUCAUAUGCACGGCUACCAUUCGCGACUCAGAACCCGUAUUCGAAUUUUACGGCCGUCUUUUUGGAGAGAACAGACCCAACAAGGAAGGCCUCGGCGAGUUUCAUAGCUUUAUUCCAUACCUGCCGGCCAGCGAGGCAUGGGAUGCCGUCGACUUUGCGCCAGUAUGUUCGGUGACCAAAGGGUCGGAUGUCGGUGACCUGAACAGCCUCUACAAUAUCACAGACGACAAGCACCCAGCAACGCUGCCAGAAUCGCCGUUUGAUGUUCGACUCAUUGAGAUGGGUUUCCGCUAUACCGGUGAUAUUCUGGGCUUCGACGCGACCAUCAUGGGUGCCGCGACGGCAACGCAAUCGUCCGCCCCAUCCGUGCGUCUUGCCGCUGCCAAAGUCGAUUUGAAAUACUCGACCACCAAGCAAGCUCUUGACCAUUUCUCAAUAGCGACAGCCAUCUUGCUCCAUGCACCGCGAAGCACGCAGAUGGCCCGCUUAUAUGGUAAGGUUGAGUUUCAGAGAAGCGGUACAACAUUUUAUCGAAAAUCUCUCCAGGGUGCCGACCAUGUAGUCGAUUCGGACUACAUACUCGUGGACCAGGAAGAUGACUACCGAGCCGUCGCGGAUGGCACUUGGAUCUUUCAGGGUUCCGUGAAUACGCUGAGUGGUGCGUUUAUAUACUCACUGUGCAGCGACGACUGCAAUGAGGAGAUGAUGCAGCUCCUCGAGCACGUUUCUUUGGACUUCGGCCUCACGUACACAUACACCGGGAAGUCUGGGAAAUCUCUCGUGUUGGACGGAACUCUGCAUCUGGGGGACCUGCAACUGCACUGUGCCUACGAGAACAACGGCCCUGCUGAUUGGAGAUUCUCGGCAGAUCUGAUGCUUGAAAAUCAAACAAGCAGUCUGUUGGGAGUGGUGGAGGCAAUUUGCGGCAAGGAUCUCUCCGCCGGUCUUCCGGACUGUAUCAAGAACAUUGUUGUCGCCCCAGCCGGAAGCAAAGACCUCACUUCGCUGACAAUCGACAACAAAGAUGGCUGGCUGGUGAUGUACAUUCGUAUCCAGCUGACAGGCAACACCUCGGUACUACUUUACCAGGUUCAGAAGAAGCGCAACCCAGGCGAGACAGAAAAGCCCUGCCCACCAGCUAAGCGUGUCGUCUUCUUCAAACUGGAUGCCUUGCCCAAAAUCGACAAUAUACCGGUGGUAGGCAGCUUCUCAUUGAACUUUACUGCCAUCAAAUUUGCUUUUGUCAGCAACGGAGAUAAGAAGAGCGAAGAAGGCCUGACGGGAGACGAAGUCGAUGCUCUGAACAAGAAUCUGCCUCAGGGAUUCGACAAGAUUGUGUGUAAGGCUCCUGCGAAGAAAAAUACCACCGGAGCAAAGGAAGAAGCGCCAAAGCCAGGUCUGCCGAAGGGAUUUCAUUUUAUGAUUUUCGACAACGACACAGUCCUUCUGGAUUACUUAUUUGGCCGCCCGGACAAGAAUGGCAAAGUCGUCGUCAUGGAUGAAAACGUGCCCGCUCCCAGCCCGGGCCUGACUCCCUACAACAAGAAGGUCGGCCCCGUCACUAUCACGGCGGUGGGACUCAAGUUCGAUAUGGGAGAUCAGAAGUUGACCUUCCUGAUCGACGGCAGUGUCCAAUUGGGACCGCUCGAAUUGAGCCUGUCGGGAUUUGGAUUGUCCUUUGGAUUCAAAGGAAUCACCCUGCAAGACAUUGGAAAGGUCCAGCUCGGCUUUACGCUGACAGGAUUGGGUUUGUCUUUCGUCAAGAGUCCCAUCGCCCUUGCUGGAUACCUUGAGCACUCGCAAACGGACCAGCUCGAACUGUUCCAGGGCGGAGCUGCGUUGGGAUUCAACCCAUGGCUGUUCCAAGCCGGCGGAUACUAUGCUCUGCAGCGCCAGGACAAGAAGCCGCCCCCACCGAGCUCUUACUCUGACAUGUACAAAUGCUUCAUUGCGUAUGCCAGGCUUUCUGGUCCCAUUGCGACGAUUGGAUACGCCGAGAUAAGAGAGGUAAGUGGCGGUCUCGGAUACAAUACGGCCAUGAGGUUCCCUACCAUGGAGAACAUCAUGAACUUCCCCUUCAUUUCCGACCCUCCAAGUAAUCCAGCAACGGCGAUUCAAGCCCUGGCCGGCGCGGGGGGUUGGAUCACGAACCAGGCAGACUCCAACUGGAUCGCGGUGGGCAUGACCGUGCUGGCCUUCCAAAUGCUCACGGUCCGAACCGUGGUCGUGGUCGAAUGGGAUCGCAACAUCAAGCUCGGUCUGUUCGGCAUCGCCACGGCAGACAUCCCAAAACAGCUGGACAAGAAGUUUGCACGUGUGCAGCUGGGCCUGGCGGCCACAAUCGACUUCGACGCGGGCGUGCUGAAGAUCGACGGGCAGCUCACACCGGCAUCGUUCAUUCUUGAUCCCAACUGUCAUCUCACGGGCGGCUUCGCCCUGUACAGUUGGUUCGGUGCCGGCAGCGGCGACAGCCAGGGCGAUUGGGUCUUCACAAUCGGUGGCUAUCACGCCAUCUACCAGGCCAAACCGCAGUAUCCGCGCCCGCCACGACUCGGCAUCAGCUGGUCGUUUGACGCCAACAUCAACAUCUCGGGCGAAGCUUACUUUGCCAUCACUCCGGUAGUCUGCAUGGCCGGUGGACGACUACACGUCUCGCUGCAACUGGGCGCGCUGUACGCAUAUUUCGAUGCCUGGGCGGAUCUGCUCAUCAACUACAAGCCGUUCCACUACCAGGCGCAGGGGGGCGUGUCCGUGGGCGUGCGGUUCACGCUGGAUUUGUGGCUGGUAUCGCUUUCUAUUGCCGUCGACCUGGGUGCGACGCUGUACCUCGAGGGCAGUCCCAUGUCUGGAAAAGUACACGUCGACUUUUGGGUUUUUGGAUUCGACGUCAACUUUGGUGUCCCUGCAGAGCUUCCGGGUCCUAUCGGAAGCGAUGCCUUCUGGAAGCUCGUACUCCAGGCUGACACUUCCAGCCAGGCGGGUAGGCUUCCCCAGAUCUUCUCUCAGCAAGAGCCCGUGGAAGAGGCUGAGGAUCUCAAGCCUCAUAUUUUUUCGGCCACCAGCGGUCUGCUACCGAAGAAGACCGACAACCCUCAGGUAUGGACGGUCCAGGGCACCAUUUUCGCGUUGACUAUAACAUUCAAGUUCCCCAUCCUCGGGGGGAACAUCAUCACGAAAAUCGACAAAGACACCCAGAAAACGGUGCCGAUUGAAAACCCAAAAGCCGGCGACAUGUAUGCCAAACCGAUGCAGUUGACGAAGAAAAUCCAGAAGUCGAGCAUGGACAUCCAGAUCGAGAGGAUGGUCGCUCCGCACUUGCGCGACAACUGCGACGAUGAUCCCGGCAGCCUCGACCCGGUGUGGCGGCACCAGGAAGCGCGAUACAGUGCCCUGCCCGUCGGGCUGUGGGGUCAAUAUGACAAAAACAGCGACCCGAACCAAGGGGCGGGGAAUCAAGACUCGACGCUGCUCAACGGGGCCACGCAGGGCACGGUUCAGCUGAUGACAGGAAUCCAGCUGCGAGCCCCGACAUGCCUGAGGUCGAAGGACUGUCUCCCCGCCUUCGAUGCUGAGCUGGCCAUGAGACAGCCCAUCGACCCGCCUGGAGAAUGCAGCAAGCCCAUCGAUCCGGUGAAAGCGUGGGAACCCGACGGGCAGAAGGAUCCUCAGUACGAUGCCGUCAAGGCGACGUGGAAGGGCAAGCAGCCCGCAGCCAUCGAGCUGGUCGCGUUUUGGGAGCAGUUGGACUGUUUCAAUUGGGUGCCAAAGGAAGCACCUCAGGCACCAAGUAGUCCGCCGCCAGUCAAGCAGCUGAUACCACAGUAUCCAAGCCGGUUGGUUGAUGCGUUGGACCAAUAUCUAGUCGAGUCGCCCAUGAUGUCACAGGGCUAG